AUGCCUCCUGGCAAAGGGCAGAUGUCUCCGCUGCUGCCCACCCCGCAGGGCACCCAUUGCCCCACGACGGGGGGCUGUGCCCAGCCCCCAGAGGGUCCCGGCAUGCCGCAGGGUUACACCAAGAAGAAGAGCCGCAAGCACCAGCGGUUCAUGGAGCGCCGGGUGCUGCUGGAGCAGAAGGGGCUGCUGAGCCCUCGCAGACAUUUGGGCAGCCAGGCCCCCAUGGCGGGGCUGGAGGCAUGCAGCAGGCCCACCAAGGUGGGUGGCACCAUGACAUCACGCUGCAGGAAGGUCCCCAGGUCCAAACAGGUUGUCUCACCAUCUCUGUCCCCGUCCGCCUCUCCGGACAGCAUAGCCAGGCAUCACUCCGUGCUGCUGUCCCAGGGAAACGGCAGCUCCAGAGGGGUGAGGAUGUCUUCCCCGCUCCUGCGCCCAGGCAAGUACGUGGCCAUUGACUGUGAGAUGGUGGGAACUGGUCCUCAGGGCAGGCUGAGCGAGCUGGCGCGGUGCUCCGUGGUGAACUACGAGGGAGACGUCAUCUAUGACAAGUAUGUCCAGCCUGAGCUCCCCAUCGUGGACUACCGGACGCGCUGGAGUGGCAUCACCAAGCAGCACAUGAAGAGUGCAAUUCCCUUCAAGACUGCCCAGGCGGAGAUCCUGAAGAUCUUGAAAGACAAGAUUGUGGUAGGACACGCCAUCCACAACGACUUCCAAGCCCUGAAGUACUUCCACCCGAAAGACAGGACCCGAGACACCAGCCGGAUCCCUAUGCUGAACCAGAGGGCAGGGCUGCCUGGCAGGGCCAACGUCUCGCUCAAGAGCUUGGCCAGGCACCUGCUCCAGAAAAAGAUCCAGGUCGGCUGUAAAGGACACUCAUCGGUGGAGGAUGCUCAGACAGCCAUGGAGCUGUACAGACUGGUGGAGGUGCAAUGGGAGACAGAGCUGGCCCGUAGUCUGCCCCCCCGGCCCCCCAGCCCCGUCACAGACCCCACCACAGACAGCAACCAGUACAUGGAUGACCAGUACUGGCCCACGGACCUGAUGGCAAGUGGCCUGUGA